CAGUUUGACUCGAGCGGCCGACGGUGAGUACUCGUAGUGCGCGUAACCGGCCGCCAGAUAACGCAGGUGUCGCGGGUUAUAACGAACUGCCAACAAACGGAGCCGUUUUUCUUUUACUAUGAGUGCCUCAAUAUUAACGAUUCAGAAGACGACGCUUUAUUAGCGAUGGAGGAUCAACUCCUUUUCACGGAAGUUCCAGUUCCGUUAUUGUCGACGGCCGCGUUGCUGCGACAACGUCAUCAUCAUCACCAUCAGCACCCGGCCGUCACCAGGUUUGAACCUUAUCAAAGACACCACCAACAGACUCAACGUUUCGAACACCGACCAACAAGACAUCGCGGCCAAACAACGAUAGAAGAAUUACAUGGAUCGCGAAGGUUUCAAAGUGGUAACGACCAACAACGUGGUGUUGAUUCAGUAACUCGUAUAAAAAUUUCUUCGGAUGCGGAGGAGGAUGACGAUGGAAGAACGACUCAUAUUUCAAGAUUGUACCCCGAGAUCUUGGCGAUUAUUUUCGGCUACCUGGAUGUACGUGAUAAAGGAAGGGUGGCGCAGGUGUGCACUUCUUGGAGGGACGCUGCCUACAGGAAGUCUGUAUGGAGAGAUGUCGAGGCAAAACUGCACCUGAGAAGGGCGAACCCGUCCUUAUUUCAAUCUUUAGUGAAAAGAGGAAUCAAACGAGUCCAAGUUUUAUCGUUACGAAGAUCGUUACGUGAUGUUAUGCAGGGAAUCCCCAAUUUAGAAUCGUUAAACUUGAGCGGAUGCUACAACGUAGCGGACGUAGGGAUUUCGCACGCUUUCGUUUCCGAAUCACCACCAGCUCUGACGCAACUCAACCUCUCUUUAUGCAAACAAGUCACCGACCAUUCCUUAAGGAUAAUAGCGCGUCAUUUAAAAAACCUUGAAACUCUUGAAUUGGGAGGUUGUUGCAAAAUAACAAACGCCGGAUUAAUUUUAAUUGCAUUCGGUUUAAAAAAGUUAAAACGAUUGAAUUUAAGAUCGUGUCCGGUUGGAGAUCCCGGUAUCGGACACUUAGCCGGUAUUGGAAAAGACGAAGAUGAUUUCGAUGAUGAUGGCGCUAAUAGUAAUAGUUGUUUGGAACAUUUAGGACUUCAAGAUUGCCAAACACUUUCCGACGAAGCUCUAAAAUACGUUUCCGCCGGUUUGACCUCGCUAAAAUCGAUCAAUUUAAGUUUUUGCGUAAGCAUCACCGAUGCCGGCUUAAAACAUUUGGCCAAAAUGAGCUCGUUACGCGAACUGAAUCUAAGAUCGUGCGACAACAUCUCCGACGUCGGUAUGGCGUAUCUCGCGGAAGGUGGAUCGCGAAUUUCAUCAUUAGACGUUUCCUUUUGCGACAAAAUCGGCGACCAAGCUCUCGCCCACAUCUCCCAAGGCCUAUUCAACUUAAAAUCGUUGUCGUUAAGCGCAUGUCAAAUUUCGGACGACGGUCUACAUCGAAUCGCUAAAACCCUCCACGAUCUGGAAACGUUAAAUAUCGGCCAAUGUUCGCGAAUCUCCGAUAAAGGAUUGUACGUCCUCGCCGAUUCUCUAAUCAAAUUGAAAUGCAUCGAUUUAUAUGGAUGCACGAGGAUCACGACCGCCGGAUUGGAGAAAGUCAUGAAGUUGCCGCAGCUGAAUACGCUGAAUUUGGGCCUGUGGCACGUCAGGUGAAACCACGGUCCGCGGCUCUUACGAUGAUCGUGCCGGGGGAAUAUGUGCUGUGAUGAUGAUGAUGGAAACGGACUCUGUUUUGAUCUUCUACGAGUGUAGGGUAAGCUUCACGCGGAAGAAAUAUUAUGUACUAUAUUCAUUUUUAUCAGGGUUUUUUGUUGGUUAUGCGUUUAGACGUUACAUUGUAUUAAGUAAUUUAUAAGCAAAAAAUGUAUUAAGGAGAUCCACUAAACUUUUUGACUCUU